GUGAUAUUCGCUACUGCACAACGUCUUAUAACGUUCGGUAAUACGAAAAUCAAUCGGCGGCAAUUCUCGAUAUAUUCGAUUUCGUCUUUCGAUUCACCACUUGCCACAAUAGAUAUAGACGGCUCGUCGGGUUUGCUGUGUCCAAUUUUCGAUCCGGAUCUCAAUAUUCUUUAUGUAUCUGGAAAGGGCGAUUCUACAUUCCGUUUAUAUGAACUGAUUGCACGCUCUCCAUAUGUGAUAUAUUUAAGUGAAUGUCAGCAACAGGCGCCACACACGUGUAUUUGUACAAUAUCGAAACGAGCUCUUAAUUUAACCGGUGCAGAAGUGAUGCGGGUGUAC